AUGGACAAGAAUGGAUUGAGAGAUAGCUUUACGGUUGAAAUACUCAACAGACUUCAAGACAUACCACCCAUCCCAUUGGAUUACAUAAGAAGAAUUCUCAUGCGGGACCAUCUACUAUACAUUCCCUCAAAAGAUAUUAGAACACAGCUUCUGAAUGAAUGGUUAACAUAUUCACAUGCCAAUAUAGUUGUUACAAACAGUAUUAAUAGUGAUAUUAGACAAAACACUAGCAUAGCUCACUUAAAGACAAAUCUUACUGAACAAAUGCUCGAGGAAAGUAAACAAACUACUUUCAUUAUGUCAUAUAAUGAAUUUUUAGAACAAUCCAGACAUUUGAAGAAUUUAAGCAUUACAAAAGGGAAUUAUACAUUUAUUUUUGAAGACGUAAAAGAUAGUGAAGAGAUAAACCAGACCAUUUCAGAUCAAAUAGUUGUAAAUAGCAUUCUAAAGUUUUAUAUUACAGAUAGUCCUAGUCUAUUUAUUUCAUACUUAGAAGAGUGCAGCAAGCCUCUCUGCUGUUACGUGAAUAAUAUUUUUGUAAUGAAAUCAGCCUACAAGUCAAUAAUGGAAAAUGCUAGUUUCUUCUAUUUUGAUGACAGUGAAAAUCAAAGAAAUGCUCUGAUGAAAGUAAUUGUUCAAUUUAACAGAACUGACCAAGAAUUGGCUCAGUUUUUAAUUCAAAGAGACAUCUUUCAUUAUCUACUCUUUGAAGAUGAAUAUGAUUUGAAUGAAAAUGCAAAAUAUAUUUUAAAAGAGGAAAAGGCCAUAUCUGGAAAAAUUCAAUGUCUUAUAAAAAUUCUAGAAUUUUCAAAAGGCUCUAAUAUUUUAAUAUAUUUUGACAGUGACAUUGAUGAAUACAUAAUUUAUGAACUAAUUAUGCUUAUUUCUAAGCCCACGCAUAGAGAGGAUCAUAUUAAUAAGCAUUUAAUUAAAAAUAGGAGAAUGCAGAUUUAUCAAGCUAUCAAGAAAGGUCUUUCAAAUAGUUCAAGAUUUUACAUUUCAGAUAGAAUUCUAAAUCAAUCAAAAAUUUCCUUAAAUAUUCACUCAACAAGAGAUAUUCAAAUGAAUAGAGAAAUAUCCUGUAAUAUCAUUUUUUUUGACUUUCGUCUUUUUACUACUCAAGAUUUUAAGAUAUUCAUGGUUCCUGAAUCUAUGAAAAUAAGCCUUAAGACUAUGAUUGUGGAUGAUUCGAACAUCGGAAAAAUAUAUUCUCAGUAUCUGAAAAAAGCCCAGAGCAACCACGCCACUCACAUUGAUAAAUCUACAAAAUCCUACAAGUUUGAAGUCCUUUCAGAGAGCAUUGAUUCUAUUAAAGAUUGCAUUAAAGGAAAGGACUUUAUCUUGUCAGUUGAUAAGGUAGAUUCUAAGACAUUUAUAACAGCCAGAUGCUCUAUUGGAAAGAUAGUUACGUGCUUUAAUCUCUUUAAUAUAAUAAAGGAGCCCAUUAUCAUUCCUAGACUAUCUACAAGCAAGCAACAAUUGAUACUUUUUAGUGAUAGCAUUGAACUUUGCACUAUUACUUCUUUAAAGUCUCUAUGUAACUCAAAGGUAAUUCACAGUAAUGGAUAUUUUGUGCUUUCGGAUAAAAGGCUAAUCUUCUACAGCUUUUCAUCAGAAAGGAACCUUAUGCUUGAAAUUGAGACAGAGGAUGUUGAGGAUUUUAUUCUACUUUCCUAUAAAAGAGGAACAGGUAGGAGUAAAAUAUUAAAAACUAAAAAUUUUAGCACUAAAAAUGAAAAAAUUCAGGGAGCUUUUGAAAAUGAUGAUGAAGUUGGAACAGUAAUAAAGGAAUAUCUAGCAUUAAUCGACCAGCAAGAGAUUACAAAAGAGUAUAUAAUUGUUUCAUUUUGCCUGAGAAAUAGACCAAGAGUGUAUACAACUGAACAUUCAAACGAAAUUGCUUCUAACAUAUUAAAUUCUACUGAUAUUUCUGAAAAGUGUGCAUUUUUCUCUACACUUGAGUGGAGAAGACUAGCAAUUGAUAAUUUCAAUGAUCACGAAGAGCGAUUUGAUCUAAGAAUAGCCAUUCCAUGUUUCCAAGACUUGCCUGUAGGUUCUAUAAAUGAUUUUCUAUUUUCUGUUAAGGAAGUACGACUUGACAGUCUCGAAAAUGGUAGUAGAAGUGAACAGUUAAGUAUUAUUCUAAAGAACUGCUGGAGGAAUACUCUUCUCAAAAUACUUUUUGAAUACCCUGCAAGGAUUGUAGCUACAGAUCUCGUUAGAAUGACAUCUACAAUAUCAUUGAAAAAUAUCCUAGAGAGAUUUUAUGAAUAUGACUUUAGCUUCUUCUAUCCUAUGGCGUGUUUAAUAUCAAGGAAAGGUAGGUUUCUACUCUCCAAGAUUACCAACUCUGACCUUGAGUAUAUAUCCUCUCAAUAUCUUCCAAAAUAUUGUGAAAGCUUGGAUAGAACGUUGAAUACUCGAUUUAGGCCGAUAAAUUUUAGAGUAAACAUUGGCACAAAAGAUGUAAAGAAUAGCAUAGUGGGCAAUAAGAAUAGAGUUAUGAUAAGAAUAGCUAUUUUAACACCGCUUAGUGUAAUAUUUAACUAUGAAACCACUUCUGAGUCAAAUAGAGUGUUGAACAACUUCGAUCCGGACAAAUUCUGCAAGGUAGUAAUUCGUGAAGAAAAUGGAAAAGAUAGAUUCAUGGCUGAUCUCGCUAAGAAUACGGAUGGUGUAUAUGAUUAUUUUCGAAGAGUGAUGCUUAAUGGAUUUGUAAUCGGGUUAAGAAAGUACUUCUUUCUGGCCAUGACUACCUCUCAGUUAAAGAUACACGGUUCCUGGUUUAUUACUCCCUAUGAGCAUGACGACAUGGUGAUAGGUGCAGACUACAUUAAAUCAUGGAUCGGAAAUUUUCAUAAAAUCAAGAAUAUAGGCAAGUAUGCGAUUAGAAUUGGAUUGGCUUUAAGUUCCACUACUCCCACGUAUCCGUUCAACGAUUUUGUUGAAGUGGAUGAUAUUCAAAAAAAUUCUUACUGUUUUACAGAUGGUAUUGGGCUAAUAACAAAAAAAUGGGCACAUAAUAUCAGUAACAUUCUCGGACUGGGUUUUAUUCCGAGUGCCUUUCAAAUAAGAUUUGGAGGGUAUAAAGGAGUGAUAGCAGUACAUCCAUGGAUGGAUGAGCAGAAAAACUUUGAAGAGUGGCUUACUGUGAAUUCAAACAUUGUUAGAGGCUAUGGUAAAUACUCUAAUAUCAACAGCCUAUUAUACAGUAAUACAUCAUCUAAUGAUGCAGUUAAUAGUUUUCAUCAGAUAGUCGCCUCGUUUAAGCAGUUAGGUACACCAGAUUUAAUUGUAAGAAAGAGUAUGAAUAAGUUUGAUUCUUCAUAUCGUACACUUGAAAUCAUUGCUGUCUCCAAAUCGAGCAGCUUCUAUUUAAACAGACAGAUCAUUCUAAUACUCGAAGGGCUUGGCGUUCCAAUACAAAUAUUUAUUGAUUUACAGGAUAAGUACAUUCAAAACAUGCUUUCAAAGCUGAGUCAAGACUUUACAUUAUUUAUAAAGAAAUAUGUUAAUACUACAAUGAACAUUUCUACUGACUUACCUUUUUAUAGGAAGUUACAGUCACCAAUUUUAUCCAAAGUAUUUGAAGAACUAAACACAAAAUCAAAAAUAUUGAUUGGACAGGGAAGGAGUGCAAUAGGAGUGUUAGAUGAACUAGGUAUUCUAGAAGAGGAUCAGAUAUUUUGUAUGUUUCAGAAAGAUGUAGAUGAAAGCAUGGAAAAUUUAAAAGAUUACGGCUCGUAUAUAGUACCUAACUGCUACUGUAUCGUUGCUAAGAAUCCAGUAAUGCACCCAGGCGAUAUUAGAGUGGUUAAAUGUGUUGAUGCACCCAAGCUUCAUUAUCUAAAGAACGUAAUUGUGUUUUCAAAAAAGGGUAGUAGACCAAUAUUCAAUCAAUGCUCAGGAUCCGAUCUCGAUGGUGACAUCUUCUUAGUUUCCUGGUGUAAAGCAUUAAUACCAAAGGCGACAUUCAAGCCAUAUAACUAUAUUAACACAUGUGCACUUAUAAAAGAUAAAGUACUUCUCUCUGAUAUUGUCAAUUUCUAUAUUCGUCACAUGAAGUUCUAUCAACUCGGACAAAUAGCUCAUUCAUAUCUAGCCAUGUCCGAUAAAUUCUCCAUAUUUAAUGAGAAGUCUCUUAGACUUUCUGAUAUAUUCAAUAAGAAUAUUGAUUAUGUAAAGACAGGGCAUAUUACCUCCAUUCCUGAGGAUUUAAUUCCUACGGAAUAUCCUGAUUUUAUGGAACGCUCCCCUUCAUAUUAUUCUACUAAAGCAAUAGGCCAUCUCUAUCGUAGAUCAACCUUUGAUUUGUCAGGUAUUAAUUUCUGUGAAUGUCACAACUGUACAAUGAAGGAAAUUCAAGAGCAGCCCAGGUGGAAGAGAUUUCUUCUUCUUGGAGCAGGCGUUAAAACUCGAGAAACUCCAAGAAACAUACCAUUUUCAGAAGAGUAUCUGUCCAUCUACGAGAAUUAUGUGAGUGAUAUUCGCAUACUCAUGGAUAAAACUCAGACUAAAACCGAAGAGGAUUUGUUCUGUCAUAACUUUGAAGAUGAUUCCAACCUAAAACUUGAACUGAAAGGUGUCAUUUCAAAAUACACUGAAAUUCUAAAGAAUAAGGAAGCGUUGAAAAUGUCUAAAAUUUGUGAGUGUAAAAAUUUUAAUGGAAUUUUGGCACUUUGUGGAGAUUCAUAUAAGCUUAAAAGUAUGAUGAAAAGAGGAAUUAUAAAAAAUGGAACCAGUAAUUUUAUUUUUAAUUCAAAAAUCUACCUUUCAUAUCAUGAAGAGUCAUCCUCACUGAAGAGUAGUCUUGCAGAGGAUAAACAGAUUAGAGAGUUUUAUGAAAAUAGGCUUGAUUGUGAAAGCAUUACAAUACAUUGUGAUAGAAGUAAUUACGAAUCCUUUGUUGAAUCUUUGGAUUUUAAAAGAAAAGAUAUAUUCAAAGAUCUAUUUAAUUUGAUAAUUCUUUCAGGAUUGUUUAGAUUAGAUCAGAUUGAUAACAUAAUUAAUUUAUUGACAAAUCUAAACAAAGCCAUGAAAGAUGCUACCAUUCAGGAAUUGUUGAGAGUGGCAAUACCCAAUUCGAAUAAUGUAUUAUUUAAGAUUCUCUGUCUUCUCCCUUUAGAUUUUUCACUCAUAAAGAAGAGCAUGCUUCUUAGAGAGAAGGCACUUUUAAAGUCUAAUGAAAUGUACAAAAUAUCAAAGAUUUGUAAAAGGUUCUGUUUGAUUAUUAGUGGAAUGCUUGAUGAAAAUGAUGAUAUUGAGUUUGUUAAAGAAGGUAAAGCAAUCAUUCCAUGCUUGAAAAACAAAGGAGUGUGCUCUGCCGAGUAUUACAAAGAUACUCUAAGGGAUUUUCUAAUCAAUAUUUUAUAUUCAAAUGAAAACCUUAGAUUUUUAGAAAAGCUGCCAUGCAUAAAGAAAGAAACAGAGAGUGGCGGACAAAAAAAGUGGAAGAACAAUGAAUUAUUGGAUUACUUAGAAAUGUUAACAGAUGAAAAGGAGAAGCUAAGAAAGAAAUUCAAGGGAAAUGUUCCUGAUACAAUGCCAAUACCCUUGGCAUUGUAUGAAAUAUGCUUUACUCCAGGAAAAUUCUCUUUUACUUUGGUGCCGGAAACAUACUUAAAUAGCAAAUUUUCAAUUAAGAAUAUUGAAAGGCUAUUAUCAUCAAAGAGUCCAGCUGAGGAAAUGCUUUUUAAUUUUGAUAAUGUGCACGAUGCAUUAAAUCCUAAAAAGAGGGCAGGAUUUCUAAGUUCAAUUAAGAAAAUGGAUGAGAAUGGUGUAAAAGAAGUAUUGAGCUUUAUGUACAAAAAGACUCGAUUUGAUAUUGACAUAUUGAAUGGAAAACUACUUAGAAUAACCAAGGAUAAAAAAACAAUGGGAAAAUCAUUUAUAAUCAAUGGGCUACAGAAAAAUGAUUUACAAGUAGAGCUAUUCAGAAAGGAAAUAUUGUACGAUGAAACUGUCAAUCUCCUUAAAGAAGAUGAAAUGUUUAUGACAGAAAAACUGUUUGUAGUACAGAACGAUUCUUAUAAAUUACUCUUUGAUUUACAAAAGUACUCCUGCACCAAAAUUAAGCUUGAAAAAAACGUAGUGUCUUCUAAUGAAGAUGGCUUUGCAAUAGUUUACAAAGCAGUGUUUACUGGAAAUGAUCUUUUGAUUUUAAAGACUGAUAAGUCAUGCUGUUAUGUUUCAAAGGAGUUUUGCAUUAAUACGGUUGAAGAAUUAAACUUUGAUAAGAUUUUUGGAAAACUGUGGAUGACGUAUGCAACAGUGCUAUAG